CGGGCGGGGCGGCUCCGGGCCUCCCACCUCCCCCGAGCGGGGCCGAGCCGAGCCGGCAGGGGCAGAGCCGAGCCCAGCGGGGCAGAGCCGAGCCGCGGCAUCAUGCUGGGCAUGGUGAAGAACUCGCUGCUGAGCAGGGUGGAGGCAUGGCCCUACCGCCUGCUGAGCAAGGGCGAGAAGGACCAGGUCAGCUACGAGGAGAGGGCGUGCGAGGGCGGGAAGUUCGCGGCGGUGGAGCUGGUGGGGAAGCCGUUCGACGAAGCCACGAAAGAAGGGGCAGUCAAGCUGCUCAAGUACGUCGGAGGAAGCAACGACAAGGGGGUUGGAAUGGGCAUGACUGCUCCUGUCUCCAUCACUGCUUUUCCUGCUGAAGAUGGCUCCUUUCAGCAGAAGGUGAAAGUCUCUCUGCGGAUCCCAAGCCAGUUUCAAGACAGCCCUCCAUGUCCUACCGAUGAAAGCAUUAAGAUUGAAGAAAGACAGGGGAUGACCAUUUAUUCCACGACUGCUCAACACCUCUCUGGUUUCUCUGCAGGCAGUUUGGUGGCUAUGCCAAAGAGGCAGAUUACGUGAGCUAUGCUGCCAAGCUGAAGGCUGCUCUGGGAAGUGAUGCUGCAUACCACAAGGAUUUCUACCUGUGCAAUGGGUAUGACCCCCCUAUGAAGCCUUACGGACGCCGCAAUGAGGUCUGGUUUGUGAAGGAGUGAACAUCUGGCUCCUCGUGGUGCUGCCUUGCUCUGAUAACCUCUCCACAUUAUGUCCCUGUCCUCUUUAAAAUAAACUAAAAAUUCAACAGAGGCAAAAAACCUUUUUCCAUGCCUAUGCCUUAGUCUUUUAUGGACUAUAAAAGUAAUUUUAGAAGAACACUUGCUGACCCUCCUGAUGGUCCCACUCCGUCAUUCCAGACCAGGUCCUCAGCCACACAGACUCUCUUGGUCUCUCUGUGGCUUGUUUUUAUCUCCUUUCUGCUUCCAGAGUUCAAUGCUGAAAGCCAAAAGUACUUAAUUGACUGGUGCCUGACAGGAGUCAUGUCCAAGCGUAGGCAGACUAUUAGUCUCACCUGAGAUGGGCAGAGGAACAUGACAAAAGUGCAUACAGAGACUUUUUUAUCUCCUUCAGUUUGCUGUAGCUGUAAAAUGCUGCUUUUAUCUUUGCCAUUCCACAAACUAUCUAAAGGGACACAGGCAUUACUGCCAACGCAGCAUAGAGAAAAUAAACAUCCUUUACAUUGAUACAGAGUGUGCAGAAGAUCAACACUUCUGUUGUCUGUCUGAGAAAUGCCAUUCAGAGAAAGAUCCAGAUUCUGUUUGAAGCUUUCUUUUGUUUGAGGAGAGAUGUUUUGCUGUGUGCUAUGUCUUCAUCUCAGCUAGCAGCUGGACAAUGUGACCUGGAGACCUGAAGAUUGUUUCCUCACCUUCCUAUUACUUUUGUGUAACAUUUUUUCAAAACUAGCCUAUGCAAGGGCCAAAGCAGAAAUAUGUGUGGUUAUCUAACUGAAUUAGAGAAAUGCAUGGCUGGGAAGAAAGCAGAUGCUUAUUACUUGUGAUCUGAGAGUGCAUCUGAAGAAUGAUGAAAAUAUGGUGAAACUACCAUACUUCGCUUAAAAAGUGUCAAUUUUUGAAGGGCUACUGAGACCAGCUGUUUUAUUUAGAGGAGGAAAAAGAAAACAUGGCGGUUCUGGAAAACAGGGACUUGGGUCAAAUAACGAGUAGCCUUUUGGAAACUUCAAAUACAAUAGCAAGUGUGGGUCAGGUUUCAGGAAGAGUGGCAAUGUUGAAAUGUCAGGCAUCAAACCAGCCAAGGACACAGCAGAAUGCCCCCAGUAGGAACACUCACACACCCUGCUACUGGGUGUGUAUAAUGCGUUACCUGCACUAAAAGAGGUGUGCUCCUCUGGUCCUUAAGAGCCCCAUAGUUCAGGUGCUUUCCAAAAGCCAUUUUCUCCUGGAGCUGAAAGAGACAUUUGUCAGAUGGCAUUGUGGCUUCUGGCUCUCAAGCUGUUGCAUGUGUGCCUGCUUUCUGAGAACAAAUCUCAGCAGGCAAAGGAGAAAACCUGAGGUUUUGAUGUGCUUUUCUUUUUUCUCUUGCUGAGCCAAAUAAGAGCUUUGCUGUGAAAUUCAUGAGAGUUUCAGUCACCUGUGUGCAAGAGCAGCUAGUUCAGGACAGGUAAAAAGAGCAGAUAUCAUUCAAUUAAAGCAAAAAAACCAAACAACAAUGACAGGGAAAAGCUAUUGGCUGUGGUUAGUGAUUGCAGUGCAGGGGAUGAAAAAUAAAAAGAAAAAUCAGGACAAACAAAAAAUUAGGCAUUUGAAGGAAUUUUCGAAGCAGCAAAUGCCCUUUUAAACUUGUACUUGAAUCCAAAGGGACCAUUCAUGUCCCAGAUUUUUUUAGCCUGUAUGGGCGAGGAAUGGAGGAGCACAGUAUUGUCCAGUUUCAUGCCUUCCCCAGGUUCGUUUUGGAGCUUGUGUGGAUACAGUCUGGCAACCUGUGGUGAAUGUCCUUCAAUGAUCAAAACCUUGAAAUUUCUCAAAAUUUAUGUUGUGAAAUCUCAGAUGUUAGGGAUACCAGUAAUAAACCUGGUGUAAACAGAGCUGCACAGCUCAGCAGCAUGGUGGGGUUCUUUUAUAAAGUGCAUACCCUCUGAACAGAGAGUGAGAGCUUCAGACCCAACAGUGAGAGUAAACAUCUGUAGGCUCUGCCUGUGCAGCCCUGCUACUGGCCUUUGUGCCAGGCAGGCAGGAUAGAAUUUCAUAAACAUUGUUUAAUAAUGUCAAAGCCUUAAGCAAACUGAAUUGCCUUUUCUGUACACACAAAGAUACCUGUGUUUUGUCUGCAUUUUCUACAGUUUUGAAAUAAAUAAAUAAAUAAAUAAUAUUGUGAUUUACAACAUCGCUGACUUUGUGAGCUCAGUGGGAGUAGCUGAUUUGCUAGUUGAUUUGCUAGACCGUAGGUUGCUAGUUUAUCUUUCUGUUUGGAGUACUAAUCAUGUCACAGCAUUUAUAAAUAGUCAUAAUGCUUUUUCCAAUAAAUCACUAUUUUGGGUG